AUGGUAAAUAAUUGUUAUCGUACUAAUAUAGCUUCAACAGAAAACUAUGUGGAAGAUGACUCAACAGGAAAAAAAUGUGUUAAGAAUAAACAGGACAAACUGUGGAGUGCAUAUGAUGAAGUACUGAUAGAAGCUGUACGAGCCAGGCCAUGUUUAUGGAAUGUCACAAUCCCUGUUAAGGAAAGAGGUUCUUUAUCUGUCAAAGAAGCGUGGUUGGAAAUAAAUUUUGAAUUGGAAGGACGAAAAACUCAAUCGAGCGAUGCAGAGUUUAAAAGAGAUUUAAUGAAAAUUUUAAGUGAAACCACCGCACGUCCUGAUGGUACUGAAAGAUUUCUGAUUCACCUAGGGGAUAUUUUAAGAAAAUUACCCUACAAGGAUUCUAGAUUAUUACAAACGAAAAUAAUGAAAUAUGCAAUAAAAGCCGAAGAAAAUGCAGAACUUUUUAAUAAUUAA